GCGGCGGCGGCUUCCCCAAGGGGCUAGGGGUGUGUUUAUUUGCGUGCGCGGGCGCGCCCUGUCCAUUCUGGGCCGGCGGGCUGGUUUUGAAUACUCAGCGGUUCUGAAGCGGACCGGAGGAGAUAACGAGUGGAUGGGAUGCUUUAUAUCUGGGUAGAAAGGUUGAGGGAGCUGGAGGUGAGGCGCUUGGGCCAUCAGGGACCAACAAGGACGCGAAGGGGUCGCAGCGGCCUCCGAAGUCUCACCGGCUCCCGUCUGGGUGCAGCUACGGCCUGAGCGAGGAAGUGACAGCCGGAGUAGCUUUCUUCCCUUUGAGUCCUGGGGCGGGGUCCUCGGGAGGGCGGCCCGCGGGCCGGGCCUCACUUCGGAGCCCAGCGACUGUGCGGUGCGGCCGCGAGGAUGACGCCCACUUCCCGGCAUCUCGAGUACUCCAGGGUCUUCAGGCGCCCCGGGCUGCGGAGGCCCAGUUGAGGCACCUGUGAGGCCUGGCCCGAGGUGUUAGCGUCGUUGAGAAGUUCCUCGCCGGAGGUCCGGUUGCCUUUAACCGCCGCCUCCCCCCGCAGGUUUGCUCGUCCCGUUAACACCUCAGCGCAAAGGUCUGGGUUAGUUUGCCUCCCGGCUUUUCGCCCUGAGCCAGAUUCCUGGAGGAUCAGUAGCAGAUUUCAGAGACUGAGGAUUCGGGAACAUGGAAUAUAUAUAAUAUGGUAACCAUUCUGCUCCUGUAUUAGGAAGAGAAAUUAUCUAAUGAGGAAGUAGUGAACUGUUAAGGUUUUCCUUUCUGUUUUACUUCUGUGAAGAGUUUUGGCUUUCCAUUUUGGUGUGUUACAAAAGCUCAAGGUUGACAGCUUAGAAGAGAGAAAAAUUUGAGGAAGGAUGGAUGCAAAAGCUCGAAAUUGUUUGCUUCAACACAGAGAAGCCCUGGAAAGGGACAUCAAGACAUCUUAUAUCAUGGAUCACAUGAUUAGUGAUGGAGUUUUAACAGUAUUGGAGGAGGAAAAAGUAAAAAUUGAGCCCACUCAACAACAACGAGCAGCUAUGCUAAUUAAAAUGAUACUUAAAAAAGAUAAUUAUUGCUACAUAUCAUUCUACAACGCUCUACUACAUGAAGGGUAUAAAGAUUUGGCUGUCCUUCUCCAUGAUGGUGUUCCUGUUGUCUCUUCUUCCAAUAGUAAAGAUUCGGUUGGUGGAAUAACUUCAUAUGUAAGGACAGUCCUAUGUGAAGGUGGAGUACCACAGAGGCCAGUUGUUUUUGUUACUAGAAAGAAGCUGGUUAAUGCAAUUCAGCAGAAGCUCCUCAAACUGAAUGGUGAACCAGGAUGGGUCACCAUAUAUGGAAUGGCAGGCUGUGGGAAGUCUGUAUUAGCUGCCGAAGCUGUUCGAGAUCAUUCUUUCUUAGAAGGUUGUUUCCCAGGAGGUGUGCAUUGGGUUUCAGUUGGGAAACAAGAUAAAUCUGGGCUUCUGAUGAAACUGCAGAAUCUUUGCGCACGGUUGGAUCAGGAUAAUAGUUUCUCCCAGAGGCUUCCACUUAAUAUUGAAGAAGCUAAAGACCGUCUCCGCAUUCUGAUGCUGCACAAACACCCAAGGUCUCUUUUGAUCUUGGAUGAUGUUUGGGAUCCUUGGGUUUUAAAAGCUUUUGACAAUCAGUGUCAAAUUCUUCUUACAACCAGAGACAAGAGUGUUACAGAUUCAGUAAUGGGCCCUAAAUAUGUAGUUCCUGUGGAGAGUGGCUUAGGAAAAGAAAAAGGACUUGAAAUUUUAUCCCUUUUUGUUAAUAUGAAGAAAGCAGAUUUGCCAGAACAAGCUCAUAGUAUUAUAAGAGAAUGUAAAGGUUCUCCUCUUGUAGUGUCUUUAAUUGGUGCGCUUUUACGUGAUUUUCCCAAUCGUUGGGAGUACUACCUCAGGCAACUUCAGAAUAAGCAAUUUAAGAGAAUCAGGAAAUCUUCGUUUUAUGAUUAUGAGGCUUUGGAUGAAGCCAUGUCUAUAAGUGUUGAAAUGCUCAGAGAAGACAUCAAGAAUUAUUACACAGAUCUUUCCAUCCUUCAGAAGGAUGUUAAAGUGCCUACAAAGGUUUUAUGUAUUCUCUGGGACAUGGAAACUGAAGAAGUUGAAGACAUACUGCAGGAGUUUGUUAAUAAGUCUCUCUUAUUCUGUGAUCGGAAUGGAAGGUCAUUUCAUUAUUAUUUACAUGAUCUUCAAGUAGACUUCCUUACAGAGAAGAAUCGCAGCCAACUUCAGGAUCUGCAUAAGAAGAUGAUUACUCAGUUCCGAAGGCAUCAUCAGCUACAUCGUCUUUCACCAGAUCAGGAGGAUUGCAUGUAUUGGUACAACUUUCUGGCCUAUCACAUGGCCAGUGCCAGUAUGCACAAAGAACUUUGUGCUUUAAUGUUUUCCCUGGAUUGGAUUAAAGCAAAAACAGAACUUGUAGGCCCUGCUCAUCUGAUUCAUGAAUUUGUGGAAUACAGGCAUAUACUGGAUGAAAAGGAUUACACAGUCUGUGAGAAUUUUCAGGAGUUUUUAUCUUUAAAUGGGCACCUUCUUGGACGACAGCCAUUUCCUAAUAUUGUGCAACUGGGUCUCUGUGAACCAGAAACUUCAGAAGUUUAUCAGCAAGCUAAGCUGCAGGCCAAGCAGGAGGUCGACAGUGGAAUGCUUUACCUGGAGUGGAUAAACAAAAAAAACAUCGAGAAUCUCUCCCGCUUAGUUGUCCGCCCCCAUACAGAUGCUGUUUACCAUGCCUGCUUUUCUGAGGAUGGCCAGAGAAUAGCGUCUUGUGGAGCUGAUAAAACCUUACAGGUGUUCAAAGCUGAAACAGGAGAGAAACUUCUAGAAAUCAAGGCUCAUGAAGAUGAAGUGCUUUGCUGUGCAUUCUCUGCAGAUGAUAGCUUUAUAGCAACCUGUUCAGUGGAUAAAAAAGUGAAAAUUUGGGAUUCUAUGACUGGGAAUCUAGUACAUACCUAUGAUGAGCACUCAGAGCAAGUCAAUUGCUGCCAUUUCACGAACGACAGGCAUCACCUUCUCCUAGCCACUGCAUCAAGUGAUUACUUCCUCAAACUCUGGGAUUUGAAUCAAAAAGAAUGUCGAAAUACCAUGUUUGGCCAUACAGAUUCAGUCAAUCACUGUAGAUUUUCACCAGAUGAUAAGCUUUUGGCCAGUUGUUCGGCUGAUGGAUCAUUAAAGCUUUGGGAUGUGAGAUCAGCAAAUGAGAGGAAAAGCAUUAAUGUGAAGCAGAUCCUAAAUGCGGAAGAGACUCAAGAGGAUAUGGAAGUGACAGUAAAAUGUUGUUCCUGGUCUGCUGAUGGUGCCAGGAUAAUGGUGGCAGCAAAUAAUAUAAUCUGUCUUUUUGACAUUGAUACCAGUGACCAGUUGGCAAAAAUCCACACAGGACAUCAUAGUACCAUCCAGUACUGUGACUUCUCUCCUUGUAACCAUUUGGUAGUGGUGGCUUUGUCUCAGUACUGUGUGGAGUUGUGGAAUAUAGACCCGUGUUUAAAAGUAGCUGACUGCAGAGGACAUUUAAGUUGGGUUCAUUCUGUGAUGUUUUCUCCUGAUGGAUCAUCAUUUUUGACAUCUUCUGAUGACCAGACAAUCAGGCUCUGGGAGACAAAGAAAGUAUGUAAGAACUCUGUAACAGUGUUAAAGCAAGAAAUAGAUGUUGUGUUUCAGGAGAGUGAAGUGAUGGUUCUCGCAGUUGACAAUGUAAAACAUCUACAACUCAUUAAUGGAAAAACAGGUCAGACUGAUUAUCUGACUGAAGCUCAAGUUAGUUGCUGUUGCUUAAGUCCAGACCUUCAGUACAUUGCGUUUGGAGAUGAAGAUGGGGCCAUUGAGAUUUUAGAACUCCUAAAUGGCAGAAUCUUCCAGUCCAGGAUUGGACACAAGAAAGCUGUAUGGCACAUUCAGUUCACAGCUGAUGGGAAGACACUUAUUUCAAGCUCUGAUGAUUCUGCAAUUCAGGUAUGGAAUUGGCAGUCAGAGGACUAUGUCCUUCUGCAAGCCCAUCAGGAAACAGUGAAAGACUUUAGGCUCUUGAAAAAUUCAAGACUGCUUUCUUGGUCAUUUGAUGGAACAGUGAAGGUGUGGAAUAUUAUUACUGGAAGAAUAGAAAAAGACUUUGUCUGUCACCAGGAUACAGUACUUUCUUGUGAUAUUUCUCCUGAUUCUACCAAGUUUUCAUCUACCUCUGCUGACAAGACUGCAAAGAUUUGGAAUUUUGAACCCCUUUCCCUUCUUCAUGAAUUGAGUGGCCAUGACAGCUGUGUGCGCUGCUCUGUCUUCUCUGUGGACAGUACCCUGCUGGCGACUGGAGAUGACAACGGAGAAAUCAGGAUAUGGAAUGUCUCAAACGGUGAGCUGCUUCAUUUGUGUGCUCCGAUUUCAGUAGAAGAAGGAGUUGCUACCCACGAAGGCUGGGUGACCGACCUUUGUUUUUCUCCAGAUAGCAAAAUGCUUGUCUCUGCCGGGGGAUAUCUUAAGUGGUGGAAUGUUGUCACUGGGGAAUCUUUACAGACCUUCUACACCAACGGAACCAAUCUGAAGAAAAUACACGUGUCCCCUGACUUCAGAACAUUUGUGACUGUUGAUAAUCUUGGUAUUUUAUAUAUUUUACAGAUUUUAGAGUAAAAUAGUUAAGCAUUAAUCUGAGUUGAAUUCUUUUAAAUUUUGAAUUGUAAAGAAAUUGUAAUGAAACUCUGCAUUUCAACUUUUUGUAAAACUGUGAAUUGUUUUGUAGUAUUGCAUUCAUUAUAAAAGUGUUUGUUGUUGGAUGAAUAAUACUAAUCUAGUUUUUCCCCAAAUGAACACACCUUUAGUCUUGUUUUUCAUAAUCAUUGUCUUUAUUGUUAACAGUUUGUCCUUAAGGUACAAAUGGAAAUGUAAAUACAUACCUUGUUAUACUGUUGGUAAAAUUCUUUCUUGAUACAUUCAAAUUGGUUAACAUAAUUAAUGAGAAUAAUUUGAAGGAAAUCUGUAUUUUAAUAUGAUCAUUAUGCAGGCUAUGCCUCAGGGUAACAGCAGCCUGCUUUCAGAUCCACACUCUCAAAUACAAUCUUGGAGCUUAUUUGCACUCUUUAAAUUUGCUUUAAACAUAAUGUGUCUCUGUGAACAGUCUGCAGCAUUUCCUUUAACUAACUUGAUUAGUGAGUCUUGGAUUUCAAAAGUUCUUUCUAUGAAGGAAAAUUAAUGUGUGUUAGAGAGAGUAGAUUUUAUUGGUCUACCAUUUUCCGAUUGUAGCUGAUGGCAGCCCCGGGCCAUAAAUGGACUCCAAUUGCCAGCAUAUGAGUUGAGCACUAUCCUAUCUCAGUUUUUGUACAUACCAGACUUCUUACCUGUCUGAACUUGACCUUUCUCAAUCCUCACUUUUUCCUUUUUUUAGCAAUUGAUCACAGUUAAAUGUUAGUAAAUCAGAAUAGAGAGGGGCCAGUUUUAAUCCUAAAUUUUAAUAAUAGGAUUUUUCUAAGAAAUGUAAAAUGGUAAAGUCUAUUUUCCUUUUACUUUUAGAUACUUUUAGCAUUGUCAGUGCUAUUCUGUUAGUGAGUUUCAACAGAGAAUUCUCUGUGACUUUCUAUGCAGUUCCAGAAGAGUCGUUGUGACUGUGGAAGAUGUCAA